AUGUCCGGCAACACCAUCACAAAGAUGCGACGCCCGAUUCACCUUAUUUUCGAUUGGGAUGGCACAUUGACAUGUAAAGAUUCGCUGUCUCUUGUUGGUAGCAUAGCAUAUUAUGCCAACUCUUCCAAAUCUCUGCCACCCUGGUCGGACUUUGUGACAGGCUACAUGGAUGACUACACCGAGCAUGCUACCCAAUACUAUCCCCAUUCAGCGGCCAGAACAACAAUAGACCAGGAGCGACAAUGGUUGGCUAGUCUGGCACCCAUCGAGGACAAGAGCGUCCGUCGCGUUGAGUCAAGCGGCGUCUUCAAAGGUGUCAAGGCCAGUCACGUCGAUCAUAUUGCUGCAAGCGCCAUUCAACACGAUGACUUGCGGCUUCGCAGUCAUUGGGACAGCCUCUUUCAAAUUGUCCUGACCGAUCCUAUCAACAAGAUCAGUAUCUUGAGCGUCAACUGGAGCGCUCGCUUCAUCCGCCAAUCUCUGCUUUCCGCAUCCUCGCAGGUUACACUGGAGCACAGGGAUACGCUAAGUGCGUAUGUCGAGAACAUGCAAAUCAACGCGAACGAGAUCUCCAACCUUGAUCUUCCGGGGGGCAGCGACGGCAAGCUAUCUAAAGACUCUAGCACCGGUAUUCGCACCUCAGCAGACAAGUUGGCCAAUAUGCCAACUCCAUGCGGUCGAUUUCUUGACACUUCUUCUCCAGAGAGGAAACCAGAGGACGUGGAUGGAGAAGUGGUGGUCUACAUUGGAGAUUCCGCUACUGAUCUUGAGGCUCUGCUUGCUGCAGAUGUGGGCAUUUGCAUCAGGGAUGAUCCCAUGGGCAGUAGUCAACGAGAUCUAGCUGAUACACUGACUAGAAUUGGAGUUGAGAUAAACCAUAUCGGCGGGGGCGUACACAAACGCACGAGAGGAGAACGUGUCGUUUAUUGGACCCAGGAUUAUGGCGACGUAGUCAAGGUUAUUUCAGACCUGUAA